AUGGCCGGUGCAGGAAAUUGUCGUGGUAUAAUCCCUUUAGGUAAUACUGGCGUAGGGAAGAGUUAUCUAAUGAAUAUGCUGAUUGGUCAAGAAAUAUUUAAGUCAGGAGCGCAGGCGGACUCGGUGACCGCUGAAUCAAAAUACUAUGAAGUGUGCCCACCCUCAGGGUCGGAUCGUUGGCGUAUGUACGAUGUGUCGGGCUUAGUGGAGCUGGAUCAAACGAAAAUCGAUCGUAAUAUAAAGGAAAUCCGGAAAGCGUUCAACGAGACACCAAUCUCGUUGGUGAUGUUUGUGUGGACGGGAGCGGUGGGUGGACGUCCAUUGGCAACCGAUGUAUUAGCGUUUAAAUAUCUUUACGUAGCGUACGAGUUUCCGUAUUCAUCGAUCAUACAUGUAAUAAACAAACCACCAAAGGUCGUAGACAGAAAUGAAUACUUAGAAAGAUUCGUUGAAUUGGUGUCACAAGGUGUUGCAGCGUUGGUGCAAGGGUGCAGUAACGUAAAAAUAAGUUUGGCAAUGAAAGAUUUUAUGAUUAUUGACGAAAUGAAUGAAGGUGAUGAAGAAGAAAAAAAGGAAAUGCGUAAAAAACUCUUUAAGUUCAUAAACGACCAUUGUAUGUUGAAGCAAGAAGAAAAAAAGCCGUUACAGUUAAGUGUGAGUGAUGUGGGAUCAGGAAUAGGUAGAGUGGAAAGUGCGAAUAAAGGUGGUAGCACUCCUGGUUUUUGGAAAGGUUUAUGGAAAGGUGUAAUGGAAGCGGCGAAUAAAGUUGUUGAUGGUGUUAUUAAUGUAUUUCAAGGUCUUGCGUCUUUAAUAGGAUAUGUUGUUGUUAUAACUGGGGCUGGUAUUGAACUUGUUAGUGUUGCUACUGUAAGUCCUGUUCUAUUGAUUGGGAAUAUGAUAGCGGGUGGUAUUGAGGGUGUAUUUUCAUCUAAAUAA